AUGUCGUUUGAAAAUUUACACAAGGUCAAUGCCGAGGCAUUGGAAGAAGCCGUGGUGGAGAUCUGCUCCUCACUGGACGUCGAUGCAGCUAAGCUGGACGAACUGACAGCCUACUUCAUCGAAUGCAUGGAAAAGGGGUUGAGCAGCACUUCUGUGGGCGAGGAGAAGACAGUGGACAAGGGUCUGCCCAUGAUUCCCACGUACGUGACCAGUUUGCCCAACGGGACGGAGCGUGGUGUUCUCUUGGCUGCCGAUCUUGGGGGCACUCACUUCCGUGUGUGUUCUGUGACCCUGAAUGGUGACGGGACGUUCGACAUGCAGCAGUUGAAGUCCAAGAUCCCGGAGGAGUACCUGAACGACAGGGAGAUCACCAGCGAGGAGCUUUUCAGCUACUUGGGUCGCCGUACAAGGGCGUUUGUGAGGAAACACCACCCGGAGUUGUUGAAGUCCACGGGGGAGAACAUCAAGCCUUUGAAAAUGGGGUUCACCUUCUCCUAUCCCAUCGACCAAACCUCUUUGAGCUCCGGUACGUUGAUCAGAUGGACCAAGAGUUUCAAGAUCGAAGACACCGUCGGCAAGGAUGUGGUGAGGUUGUAUCAGGAGCAACUGGACAUCCAGGGGCUCUCCAUGAUCAACGUGGUGGCUUUGACUAACGACACCGUCGGUACUUUCUUGUCGCAUUGUUACACCACAGCAGCUCGUCCUUCAAGCGCUGGUGAAAUCAGCGAACCCGUCAUUGGCUGUAUCUUUGGUACAGGUACCAAUGGUUGUUACAUGGAAGACAUUGAAAACAUCAAGAAAUUACCAGAAGAACUGAGAACACGGCUACAACACGAGGGGAAGACCCAGAUGUGCAUUAACAUCGAAUGGGGGUCUUUCGACAACGAGUUGAAGCAUCUAUCCGCCACCAAGUACGAUAUCGACAUCGAUCAAAAAUUCUCCCCAAAUCCAGGCUACCAUCUUUUCGAAAAAAGAAUUUCCGGCAUGUACUUAGGUGAACUACUGAGAAACAUCUUAGUGGACUUACACGCAAGGGGCUUGAUCCUGGGCCAGUACCGUACCUACGACCAACUGCCUCAUCGUUUGAAGAACCCCUUCCAAUUAUGCAGUGAAGUUCUAUCCAGAAUUGAAAUCGAUGAUUCCACAAGCUUGCGUGAAACUGAAUUAUCAUUUUUGCAAAGUUUAAGACUUCCGACCACUUUCGAAGAGCGUAAAGCCAUCCAAAACUUGGUCCGUUCCAUUACAAGAAGAUCUGCGUACUUGGCGUCUGUGCCAAUUGCCGCUAUCUUAAUCAAAACAAACGCAUUGAACAAGAGAUAUCACGGUGAAGUAGAAAUCGGGUUCGAUGGUUACGUCAUUGAAUACUACCCUGGGUUCAGAUCCAUGCUAAGACACGCCCUGGCGCUAAGUCCAAUUGGUACAGAGGGUGAACGUAAGAUUCAUUUACGUUUAGCUAAAGAUGGGUCUGGUGUAGGUGCAGCCUUGUGUGCUCUUGUAGCAUGA